AUGUCAGACAUGGAGCAGAGCAGCUCGGUGCCGCAGGCUCAGCCCAGUUACCAGUGGCUUUCUUUUGCCUAUCAGAGCCUCACAGAGAUCCCCUAUGACCCCAUCCUCGUGCAGACCGAGACUCUCGAGGUCUUGGACUUAAGCUACAACCUGCUCCAGGAUCUCUAUUGGAACCCGGCUCUCCUGGGUCGCCUGGAGAAGCUCAGCACUCUGAUCCUGGACUGCAACAGCUACACGUCCCACGUCAAGUUCCCCUACAUGGACACGCUCACCACCCUGUGCAUCAACAAGAACAAGAUCAACAACCUGCCCGUGUUUGUGGAGGAGGUCAGGAAGAAGUUCCCAAACAUCAAAAUAUUGAGUAUGAUGAACAAUGAGGCUGCCCCGAGUUAUUUCAACGGAGGAAGUCUGACUCAGUACAAAGACUACAGAUUAUAUGUGAUCAGUCAAAUCCCAGGGCUGGAGAUCUUGGAUGACACAGAGGUGAUGGAGAAGGAGAGAAUUCAGGCGAGAAAAACGUACAGACUUCACAGAGUCAGCUACAGCAACAAGAGGAGGAAGGAGGAACUGUCCAAGAAACGCAUCAAGAAAUCAAAUUCUGUCAUCUGAUCGACUUUUAAUGCGCACAGCCUUCAAGAUAUUUGCUUGUAGGAUUGUUUUCAAUUGUUACGAUGGCAUAGAGCUUAAAUAUCUGCAGGAGCGUUGAACUGAAGGGGUAAAUUUUGUUGUUUACCCAGGGAAACACAGUCUGUAAUGUGUAUUUUUCAUGUAGAGAUCAUAAUCCGGGCCACGAUUGUUGUUCUUAAAUUCAGAAUUUUGUG